AGGCUGUGCCAUCUUGUAUUUAGCAAGAACAAAAACGGUGAUAGAUAGAAAUUAAAUGUAAGGACGAGGCACAGACGAAAAAGUAAAUUUUUAAGAGUACAACAUUUGAGGAGGUUUGGCGGAACGGGGCACUAUGUAUGAAAGCGGGGAGCCGAGUAGAAACAGCAGCCACACCCCGUAGGAACAGCUAACGUUAGUUUGCAAGCUAGCAAAGCUAAGAUUGCCAAUAAACCAAGGCUAGCAACCAGUGAGAGACGGUUAGCGGGCUUGCAGAUGUUAUUUGAGCUAGCUAAACUAGCAGCUGUGUUAGUGUGGAAGCCGUUCAUUAGUGUCGUCGCUGUGAAACCUGGGGGACCUCAAUGGAAAUGGACCAAACAUCUUAUUGAUCAAACACUGUGAGCGCACUCGGGCUAUGAGGAUUGAAGCCUGCUAGCUUGACUGCUAACGCUUGUUUUUUGUGCCAGAGCGGAACCCCAAUAAGCCGCGGCCCUGGCCAUGCCCUCGAGUGCACGGGCGGGCAAUCUGAAGGACCCGGAGGUGGCAGAUCUCUUCUACCGAGAUGACCCCGAGAAGCUCUUUGCUGACCUCCGAGAGAUCGGCCAUGGGAGCUUUGGAGCCGUAUACUUUGCUCGAGAUGUGCGCAACAAUGAGGUGGUGGCCAUCAAGAAGAUGUCCUACAGCGGCAAGCAGACUAAUGAGAAAUGGCAGGACAUUAUUAAGGAGGUGAAGUUCCUACAGAAACUCCGCCACCCCAACACCAUCGAGUACCGAGGAUGUUACCUGAGAGAGCACACAGCAUGGCUGGUGAUGGAGUACUGUCUCGGCUCAGCCUCAGAUCUCCUUGAAGUUCACAAGAAGCCUCUCCAGGAAGUUGAAAUAGCUGCUAUUACCCAUGGUGCACUGCAGGGCCUGGCAUAUCUGCACUCUCACAAUAUGAUUCACAGGGAUGUAAAGGCAGGCAACAUCCUGCUGACAGAGCCUGGCCAGGUGAAGCUGGGGGAUUUUGGCUCUGCUUCCAUUGUGGCUCCAGCCAACUCUUUUGUGGGGACCCCGUACUGGAUGGCUCCAGAGGUGAUCCUGGCCAUGGACGAGGGCCAGUAUGACGGGAAGGUGGAUGUCUGGUCCCUUGGCAUCACCUGCAUAGAGCUGGCGGAGAGGAAGCCCCCACUGUUCAACAUGAAUGCUAUGAGUGCCUUAUACCACAUCGCUCAGAAUGAGAGCCCAAUCCUUCAGUCCAAUCACUGGUCUGAUUACUUCCGCAACUUUGUUGACUCCUGCCUACAGAAGAUUCCCCAGGACCGGCCUACCUCUGAUGUGCUACUGAAUCAUCGGUUCUUGUGCCGUGAGCGUCCACUGACGGUCAUCAUGGACCUGAUAGCUCGCACCAAGGAUGCAGUGCGAGAGCUGGACAACCUGCAGUACCGCAAGAUGAAGAAGAUCCUUUUCCAGGAGACCCAGCAGAAUGGCCCUGUGUCUGAGGGAGGGGAAGAGGAGGAGGAGGCGGAGCAGUACCUGAUGCGGACAGGCACAGUCAACAGCAUGGAGAGCUCCCAGUCGGUGCCCAGUAUGUCCAUCUCAGCCAGCUCCCAGAGCAGCUCGGUCAACAGCCUCGCCGACGCCUCAGACGACAGCAGCAGCGAGAUGGCCAUGAUGCAGGAGGGCGAACACACCGUCACCUCCAACAGCUCCAUCAUCCAUCGGCCCACGGGUCAGGACAACAUCUAUGAUGACCCUUACCAGCCAGAGAUGGACCAACUCCAGGCUCCUUCUGCUGGCCGCCGUCGGGCCUACUACCGCAACCGCGACCACUUUGCCACCAUCCGGACUGCCUCCUUGGUAACCCGACAGAUCCAGGAACACGAGCAGGGCUCUGCGCUGCGAGAGCAGAUGUCGGGGUACAAACGUAUGAGGCGGCAGCACCAGAAGCAGCUGAUGGGCCUUGAGAACAAGCUGAAGGCCGAGAUGGACGAGCACCAGCUGAGGUUGGACAAAGAGCUAGAGAACCAGAGGAAUAGUUUCUCCACAGAGGCUGACAAGCUAGCCAAGAAGCACCAGGCCAUCCUGGAGAAAGAGACGAAGGCGGCUCUGGCAGAAGAGAAGAAGUUCCAGCAGCACAUCCUGGGCCAGCAGAAGAAAGAGCUGACUAGUUUAUUGGAGUCCCAGAAGCGGCAGUACCGCCAGCGCAAGGAGCAGCUGAAAGAGGAGCUGAACGAGAACCAGUCAACACCUAAGCGGGAGAAGCAGGAGUGGCUGGUGCGUCAGAAGGAGUGUCUGCAGCAGAUGCAGGCAGAAGAGGAGGCCGGCCUGCUGAGGAGACAGAGGCAAUACUAUGAGCUGCAGUGUCGCCAGUACAAAAGAAAGAUGCUUCUGGCCCGCCACAACUUGGAGCAGGAUCUGCUCAGAGAGGACCUGAACAAGAAACAGACCCAGAAGGACCUGGAGUGUGCCAUGCUGUUGCGGCACCACGAAUCUACCCAAGAGCUAGAAUUCAGGCAGCUGGGUUCAGUGCAGCGAACUCGAGCCGAACUGAUCCGAACACAGCACCAGACCGAGCUCACCAAUCAGAUGGAGUACAACAAGCGACGUGAGCAGGAGCUCCGGCAGAAACACACUGUGGAGGUCCGGCAGCAGCCCAAGAGCCUCAAGUCCAAAGAGCUGCAGAUCAAGCGUCAGUUCCAGGACACUUGUAAGAUCCAGACUCGACAGUACAAAGCCCUUCGGAACCACCUGCUGGAGAGCACACCCAAAUCUGACCACAAAGCCGUCCUCAAACGCCUCAAAGAGGAACAAACACGUAAGCUGGCCAUUUUGGCUGAGCAGUACGACCACUCCAUCAACGACAUGCUGUCCACACAGGCUGUGAGUAAGCUGCGGUUGGAUGAAACCCAGGAGGCAGAAUACCAGGUGCUGCGGAUGCAGCUGCAGCAGGAGCUGGAGCUGCUCAAUGCCUACCAGAGCAAGAUUAAGAUUCACACUGACUCUCAGCACGAGCGAGAGACCAAGGAUCUGGAGCAGAGGGUGUCUAUCCGCAGAGCGCUGCUGGAGCAGAGGAUUGAGGACGAGAUGCUCUCUCUGCAGAAUGAACGUUCGGAGCGAAUCCGGACGCUGCUGGAGCGCCAGGCUCAUGAAAUUGAGAAUUUCGACUCGGAGAGCAUGCGGCUUGGCUUCAGCAACAUGGCGCUGACCGGGAUCCCUGCCGAGGCCUUCAACCAGGGCUACCCCAACCCCAGCCCCUCAUCAGGGUCCAGUGCCUGGCCGUCGCGUCCCGUUCCCCGCUCGGGCAGCCACUGGAGCCACAGCGUGCAGAACUCCGCAGCGCCACCCUCUUGGCGCAGCCAGAACAGCACCGCAGGGGGCGGCGGCUUCAGCCGAGCGGAGUCCAUCAUCUCGGCUCACGGGCUGGGCCGGGACAGCGAGCUGGGCCUGAGUGGGCGGGGCCACUCCUCAGCCUCCUCCUCCUCGUCAUCUUCCUCUCAUCACCAGCAGCAGCACUACCUCCCCCAGCACUAUCAGCACCACCAGAGCACUCCGCAGCUGUACCGCGACACCCAUGAGCGUGACCUCAGGGAGCGCGAGCGAGCCAGGGAGUGGGCAGGAGGGGGAGGCCACUAUUCCCAUCACCCCCAAGGCCGUCACCACCUCUCCUCCCACGCCUCAGCCCAGUCCCUGUCCCUCCUGCCGCCCCCGCCGCCGCCUCCCCCCAUCUCCCUCUCCUCCUCCUCCCCUCCCUCCUCUGCCUCCUCCUCUUCCUCGUCUCAGGGAGGAUAUGGAGGCGGGGGUCUGAGCGUCAGGGGGCCCAGUCUGAUGGCCCUGAGGAACAGCCCCCAGCCACUAAGGAGGACGGCCUCCGGUGGGCCAGGGGGUGGUGGCGGGGGGAGCGAAGGGGGGCUCAGUCGGAGCACAUCAGUCACCUCUCACAUCUCCAAUGGCUCCCACCUCUCCUACUCAUAGAGCUCACAUGGCUCCUGGUCUCCCUGACUUUGUGCACAUGAUUCUGCUUCUCCAACUGAAAUGGCUAACAGGUGUUUCAUUAACCUGAGGGGAGGAAUAAGGCAGAAGCAGAACUAGAACCACACAAGAAAGGGAAGUUUUAACUUUUAUCUGUUCUCCAAGAAGCUUCAUAGAAAUGGAGCAUAGGUAAAUUGAUCUUAAAUAUAUAUAUAUAUAUAAUUUCAUUUUUUUUAAGUACCCAUCUCCCCCCUCAAAAUAAUUUGCAGUCUGUUUUCAUUUGCUGCACAAGGGAAGGAAGAGAGUACGUACUGGAGUCAUGUGACAGCUGCCCAGUUCUUAGAAGGGGCAAAGUGCUUAUUAUGCAGGCACAUACACAUUAACAUGAGUAUUAAGGUCACUUUCAUACCUAAUUGUCUUUUCUCUAUGGUCUGGGCUAACGAGUUGUUUGACACAUUGUAACACUGGCUUGGUUGGCUCUCACAUGGCUCAAAUCAAAGCAAAACCAUGACAUGUAAAUCAAAGUGACAUGCUUGGUAUUAUUAGUCCGAGAACAAAGUGCAUAAAGAGAUAAGGUUCCUCUUUCAAAUGUGCACCAGGAUUCAAUUAGCACGGUCUCAUCAAUCCAGAUAAAACACAGCAGGAGGGUCAAUGCACCAGGGUUCGAUUCAGCUGGACUAAACACAACAGGUGUGAAAGAAACCUAAGACUGAAAUCCGGCCCUGCAUUCCAGUUCCAGCUCCAGGCGUAGUUGAUCUCUUCUGACACGUUCCGUUGUUGGGCUCAGUCUCAAGUGGUUUUGCACAUUAACACUGUCAAAACACAACGAAUCAAAACCGUGGCAAAAACUGAGCACCAGGGCGACACCAACAACAUGACUAAAAGCCAGAAGGUGAUGUGUGUGUUGCAAAAUGAACAAGUCGAAUCAAGUCAGAUCCACUAGUCAACAGGAACUUCUGAUUAUAGUAUUUGUCCAUUUUGUAACACAACAGAUCUGCUGGUGACAGCACAGUAUCAAGUGGGAUGGUUGCACUGCAGAAAAUUAAGUCACAUGCACAAGCAGUAGACUUGCAGCUUGCAUCAAAGCAGAGAUGUUUGACUAUUGAGAGUGGCAGUUGAGGUGGUGAGUUGAGUUCUUAAUCUGCUUCUUGUUUCAAAGGGACAGUUCACCCAUUUAGAAAAAAUGUGAUAUUUCUCUUCCCCCCUAGCUGUUGUGUAGGACAGUAGAGGUGCUCUCUUCCUCUCAUUGUUACUGAGUGCUGGAUACUGGCUGGAUGCUCCACAUGCUAACUGUUAGCCUCCUGCCAUUGAGCUGGACUUCCCCAUGGUGGCUGACAAGAGCAUGAAAGGUAUAUGAAACUUGCAAUUAUGGGGAGUGGAGGAAAAGGCAAAACUAUCAUCUGCUUGCACCUCAUAGGAGUAUGCCUAUUUUAGUUUUGGAAAGUACCAUUUCUAAAGUGAUGUUGGACCUUGUUUGAAUGGAUGGAAGCACUGUUAGCUGUCUGCUGGGAUAAUAUCACAUUUCUCUGAAUGGGUGAACUGUCCCUUUUAUGAUUUGGAACAAACCUGAGAAACAUGGAGUUUCCACUCACUUUGCGGUGCUUAAGAACCACUGUAACUAUGUGAAUAAUGUUCAACUGUAAACCGAAUUUUUGAUUUUAGUGUUUGAUACUGCUCAGCGGGGGCAGGGGGGGGGCAAAGAUGUCACAAGGGAUGACAAAGGGCAGAUGUCUUGAAAAUACUUUUUUUUUUUUUUUUUUUUGUAGCUAUUAAUAUUUUAAAGGACAAUUGAAACACUGCCAUCUGUUUUUUGGGCUGACCCAAGACAACUCUACCACUGCCCUUUAAGUCUUCUUAAAGGGAUGCUGCCAGAGAAUAUUUUUGAGUGAGCCAAGCACUAAAUAGCGUGUGAACAUGCUGCAAGUGGGGUGUGUGUAUGUGUGUGUAUGUGUACAGUGCUUUCUUUCACCUAGAGCUCAUUCCACCACGUUUGUCUGCAUUUGUAGAUAAGAUGUACAUGUGCAUACAAGUUAGUACAAUUCAGUGCAUGGAUCUUCUGUACAGACAGCAUUUGUAUCAAUAACAUGCACACUACCUAUUUAUAUAAAUGCAUAUAAAUGUAAGAUACCUGUGUAAAUGUGACAGGUAUAUUGAAGAUUGUUCACUGUCCAAACACUUUUGACUUGCAUUGUACUUACGAGUGUACAUAAAAGCACUAACUUUGAAACAGUGUUAGAGUAAUAAUAAUGAUUAUUUUGUCACGUGAGUUAUACGAAUUUGUACUAGAUGCAGACAAAUAGACACUAUCAUUAUUAUUACUACUACUGCAGUUGUAUUAUUUAUGUUGUAUGCUAAUUUUUAAGUUUCUGUUUUUUAAAAUUUAUUGCCAAUUUUGACCACUAGGUGGGGAAUAAGAGCAAUGUUACUGUGAUAGAGCUAUACAGAAAAUAUUGUUAGAUUUUUAAGGAGGAAAAAGGACUACCUUUCCCAGCAUUCCUGAUGAGGUCUCAGGGUAGGAGUCUACUGGGCAGGGUUGUUUUAUUUUAUUUAUUAUUUUUUUUUAUUAUUUUUUUUAUUUCUUUAUUUUUUUGAGCCAGUAUUAAAAUGUGGACAAUAUCCACAUUCCACAGUCUAGCUGAAUAGAUGUUUUUCAGGAUUCUUUCAGCACAUCAGGUGCCAUGUUCUACCUUAGUUCACACUCUGUUCUCAGUCGAUGCAUAACGGACUGGACUCUGAGCAGUGCGUCCCAUAGACUCCCAAAACACUGUAACCUGCAAAUGCCGCUGCCACGGCUCGUUUGAACACCUUAUCAUUUGAGUUUUUGCACAGUCAGAAUGGGUAGAAAAAGGAAGAUCAUCUGUAACACAAUCACUUUCUCCAAAAGUGUGUCAUACAUCACAGUGGUACGGAAGUGUAUUGUAUUGACUUCAUGGAAAAUGAAUCUGCUGUGUCUGAAUUAAUGAGGUAAUUAUCUUGUUUCUGGGAAGUUUUUGUGGAAAAUAAGAUUCUGUUUUUCUGAAUUAAUGUGAUACUUACCUCAGAUUUCUGAAAUAAUUUCCUCAUUGAUUCAGAAAAAACAGCUAAAUAUUUUUUCCAUGAAAACUGUUCUCAGAAUUCCUAGAUAAUUGUCAUUAAUUCAGAAAUAAAAGGUUUUUUUCUUACGUGAAACAGUUCCAUGGCCAUACAGUAGGAAGAAAUAACAGCUUCUUAUUUUUAUGUUUAUUUUUUACUUGUCAUUGUGGUGUUCCAGAGCCAAGAGCCAGCUCUUGCUAAGGUCAGCCUUCUAGCAUUACACCACUAUCACUGUUGGAGAAAGGUGAUUUUUUUUUUUUUUUCGUGAUGC